GACAAAAAAAUUGUGUCAUUCGCUUGCACCCCCCACCCUCUCUUCUUCUGUGUAAAUGUACGAUGUUCUCCUUUAAAUGCAAUGUGAAUAGCGAAUCAUGAUUUCAGACAUAGUAUGAGGAAUCUGCACCAUAACAAAAUCAGCAACAAAUAUCCAUAAAAAAGGGAAAAAUAAAGAAGGAGAAGGAGAAGGAGAAGGAGAAGGAGAUUUCUGUUGAAUGAUGAGGAACCUACCCUCUUGUGCUGAUUGAGAAUAAGAACCAGAACAGGUUGCAGUUAAAAAAAUAUAACUUGAUGCAAAGAGGAGUAGCAGAACCAUAUAACAAACCGAAAGUAAAGGAAAAGAAAAGAAGUGUUUGAAUUUGAUCGUUAAACUGAGGGAGAAGAAGAUGAAUCACACUCGCUUGGAGUCUUGUCAUGAAUCUCCCCUUAAAGUAUACAAAUUCUGUUUUGUCCCAGAAAAACUUGGUGAUAUGGUUAUACUCUUAAUAAGGUUUGGCAUUCUUGUGUGUCUUGUUGCAUCCAUAUCACUUGCUCUCCACUCAGCAUUCUCUAAACCAGACCGGUGGUUCCCGUUACCUGAGCAUAUUCGCGCCGUCCAGAAUACUUCAGUCAUUGACAACAGACCAACAAACAUCUCACAUCUUCAAUUUGGCAUUGCUGGAUCAGCAAACACGUGGCAUGGCCGUAGCAACUACACUAAACUAUGGUGGGAUCCUAACACCACUAGAGGUUAUGUUUGGCUUGACAAGAAGCCUAAGAUUUUGCACAGUGACAUAUUAGUACCACCUUAUCAAAUCUCACGGGGCUGGACUCGGUUCAAGCACGUGCACUCAGCAUCUGCUGUUCGGAUAGCUCGGAUAGUUUAUGAGAGCUUUAAACUUGGUUUGCCAAAUGUCAGGUGGUUUGUGAUGGGAGAUGAUGAUACCGUGUUCUUUACUGAGAACUUGGUUACUGUGUUAGGAAAAUAUGAUCACAAUGAAAUGUAUUAUAUUGGUGGGAAUUCUGAGAGUGUGGAACAAGAUGUGAUGCAUUCUUAUAACAUGGCAUUUGGUGGUGGUGGAUUUGCAAUCAGUUAUGCAUUAGCAGCUCAACUAGCCAAAAUAAUGGAUGGUUGUCUAAGUAGAUACUUCUAUUUUUAUGGUUCUGAUCAAAGAGUCUGGGCCUGUAUUCAUGAAAUUGGGGUGCCCCUUACCAGAGAAAAUGGAUUCCACCAGUUUGACAUAAGAGGAAAUCCAUAUGGUUUUCUAGCAGCUCACCCCUUGGUACCACUUGUAUCACUCCAUCACCUUGACCAAUUGAGCCCCUUCUUUCCCAACCAGACUCAAUUACACUCAAUGAAAAAGCUCAUCAGUGCAUACCACAUUGACCCUGCCCGGAUAGUGCAGCAAAGUAUAUGCUAUGAUCAUAAGCGUAGAUGGUCAAUAUCUAUUUCAUGGGGUUACACUAUACAAAUCUAUACAAAAUUGUUGAUAGCAGCAGACUUGCAGAUGCCAUUGCAGACAUUUCAGACUUGGCGAAGUUGGAAGGAUGGUCCCUUCAUAUUCAAUACUCGACCUAUGAGCUCUGACCCGUGCCAGCAGCCAGCUAGGUUUUUCCUGGAUCAGGCUACAAAGGUGGGAAAAAGUGGAAGUAUCACUAUCUACAAGAGACAUGAAGGCAAGGAAGCAAAGUGCAACAGAGAAGGCACUAAUAAUGAGGAAGUGCAAAGAAUUAGAGUUUCUGCCUUGAAGCUGGAUCCAGAAUAUUGGAAGAAUGUACCCCGUAGGCAUUGCUGUCAACUUUUGGGUGGUGGAAGCAUAAAGAAUGGCAGUAUGAAUAUCAGGAUUAAGAAGUGCAGACCUCAUGAAACAAUUACUAUUUAGGGAUCAGCUAUUUUUGUUUGGUUGGCAUAGUUACUUAGUAGAUUACUAUAGAGUGAGUCUUAUAGGUCUGGCCACUAACAUUUCCACCCAUGUACAUACAUAGUUAUCAAAAUAUUCAUAUAGUUUCGACUUUUAAUGAAUAAAUGUCCCAGGAAAUUUUUCACUUGUAUGUAUAGCCUCAAAUAUCUAGAUAUUAUGGGAAAUAUGUAUUAUUUUUCUCUCCAUUUUCCAUAUUCUGACUUCCGUUUCCAAUCAUGCAAGCACUUGCUUCUUAUGACUACAGGAAUAGACCUCUUCCCUCAUUAUGUCUCUUCAUUUGAUGUAAAUGUCUUCCACACUAGAAAUUGCCACCACCUCACCCUGCAAUGGUAAAGAUGAUCGCUCUACAUAUUUUGAUAUUGUUCACAUUUUAAUAUUACUUUGGUGAGCCUUUAUGUGCAGGUUCAAAUGCUGAGAACUGAACUGCAGACUUGGCAAAUAUUUGAAUAUUGAUUGUUGUGCAGAGGAUGCAGACCAUGGCUCCUGGAUAAAGCUAUAGACCAAUCUCAUUUAUGCUCUAUUUAGAAAAUUCGGUAAGGUGUUGCUUAUUCUUUUCUUUUCUAGCAUGCAUAAAUUUGGUGACUGGAACCUCAAUUAGGCCUGGUUUUGUGGCCAAGUAUUUUUUUUUUUGUCCAUUUUGCUUAAGACUAUUGUAUUUCUUUCUUUUUCAUUCAAUUGUCCAGUCUAAAUGUUUAACUUGAUACAAUGGGUAUUCAAUGGGGGUGUAAGUGACUUGGAUUAGAUUGAAUUUUAAUUAAACUUAAUUA